CAUACAAUUCAUGAGUUCGACGAUGAUUGUUACAGUCGAUCGAUUUGAUUAAAUGUUUCAUGUUGAUAUUAUAUUAUCAUUAUUAUUAUGUUAUUUUCAUAAUCACUGUAUUCUGUACUUGUGGAGUUCAUAACCGUUUAACUGUUGUGCGAUAAGUCGUUGCUAAAUGUCCGCGCUCGCCAGUCGGUUGUUAGUGUUGGUUGCAGCUUAACUCACUCCAAUGAGUUCAAUUCCGCGUGUCCGUUGGUGUGCUCGUUAAGUUUGCUAAAUUGUACAUUAUUAUACUAACUGCAGCCAUCACACUGUAUAGAAGACCGGUGACAAAUCUUUGCAUGUAGAAAAAUAUUUAUAAUAGUUGUUUUUUUUCCCGAAAUGUCUACGAACCAAAUUGAGCAGAAAAAAGGGGAAGAGCUCAAACGAGCAGCGCAACUCAAUGGCCAACCGUCAGGUAAUGAAGGUAAAAUGUCAGAUUCUCUCAAGUGGUUUGGAUUCCUGUCAUACGGGGUUGGACAUGUGCUCAAUGAUUUGGUUGCAUCAAUGUGGUUUACUUACGCUCUGGUGUUCUACCAUUAUGUCAUACAGUUAUCCAGCAUCAACGCAGGAGCUGUGGUACUUGUCGGACAGCUAACAGACGCUGUAGCAACAGCGGCUAUUGGUGUGCUGUCGGACAAUGUUAGCUUUGGAUGUAUUGACCGCUAUGGACGUCGAAAAGCAUGGCAUCUAUUUGGUAGUGUUUUGGUGUUUAUCAGUUUGCCAUUCGCAUUCUCACCGCCGAUAAUACCUCAAGCCGAAACAUCAGAGUUAAAUACAUGCUUGUACUAUUGUUUUUUCAUCGUGUUCUUCCAAAUUGGAUGGGCUUCCAUUGAAAACUCUCACAUGACAUUGGCAUCCGACCUGACACCAAUUAGGGAUGAGAGAACGGCCUUGUUGUCGAUUAGGUACAGUUUUACUGUUUUCUCAAAUAUCCUAGUUUAUGUGGUCACUUGGAUUGUGCUCAGAAGUAACCAUGCAAACAAAACUCAAUUUGGCCCAGCGGAAAGAAAAGAAUUCCAGAUUGUAAUUUUAGUAAUAAUGGUUGUCGGUGCAAUGACUUCUAUUAUAUUUCACAUUGGGGUACGUGAACCAGAUGUAUCCCGCAGGAACAGAGAACUUCUGAUGACCGAAACCGAAGCCGAAAGGGCUGCCGAUAGUUUUUGGUCAAUAUUUAAGCGUGUUACUUUAUAUCAAACCGCUAUUGUAUACAUGUGUUCUCGAAUUGUGGUCAACAUGACCUUGGUUUUCCUACCAAUGUACUUGCAAGACUAUUUGAAAUUAGAAGCAGAAAAAUUAGCAUUAUUACCGCUCAUCAUGUUCCUUAGUAGUUUUGGUAUGUCUCUACUAAAUAAAAUUAUGAACAUGAAACUCGGUAGAAAAUAUACUUAUACGUUUGGAGUCAUUCUGUCGCUGUGCUCUGCGUUGUGGUGUUAUUUGGGAAAUGGAUAUUCUUACGCUAACUAUCAUGUGUACUUUGUGACCACAAUUAUCGGUGUCGCUUGUUCAAUAUUAUUAGUUACCAGUCAAGCGCUUACUACAGAUUUUAUUGGCGAUCGAACUCAUAGAGGCGCCUUUACAUUUGGUCUUAUGAGUUUUACAGACAAAGUGUGCAAUGGCGCUGUCGUAAUGACCGUACAAUCUUUACACUGUAAGGCUUGUCCAACAUAUUAUCGUGAUAUUAUGAUAUACAACUGGACUAUACCGGCUUGUUUAGCAUUUGUGGCUGUCAUUUCCUUACCUUACGGAGGUCAUCCGAAUUCAGUUACAAACACUGUUGAAACUACGCAGUCAUCAAACGCUUCAACUCAAGAACAGAAAAAUUACGAAAUCGAAAAAGGACAAGAAGUGCUACCCAAUUAUUCUAUUAACUCAUGACCAAACCGUUGAUUUCUAUUUUAUUAUUGUGAUAAUAAUUUUUGAGAAUAUUACAUAUUUUAACUUUUGUAGUAUUAAAAUUAAGUUAUUUAUAAAUUGUUAUUUCUGUAUAAUGUUGAAAUUUAUACUAUUAUUAUUUAUACUUAUAUUGUAAAAUUUUUAAACUGUGAUCUUUAGUUUAAGCAUUUAGUCAAAUCGUUUUAUUUAAACAAAUUUAGAUUUUGACAUUGAAAAUAGAUAUUAACAUUUUCUUUCGAUAUUUUUUAUCUAUAGAACUCGGUACAUUAUUGUAUAUUCAUACUUGCUAAUGAAAUAGUUAUAGAUAUACAAUUUUGAUCAUUUUAGUUAAGCGUACUAAACAAUUUUUUUUACUAAUUUUAACUGUGCGUCAUUAACAUAAUUGUGCAAUCCAAACUUAAACAAGUCUAAUUUGACGCUUGAAACUCACACAGUAAUUUCAAUAAUAAAUUU